UCAUAUCAGCUCUUUCCGUGUGCAGCGAUCACACGCAAAUCCGUCUUACGUCUGAGACACAUCAACAGUGGUCUCAACUCUGCUGCAAUCUUCUUGCUUCAACUUAUAAGCUUUUAUUUCAUGUAAUACAGGCUAGGUCUAGAUUAAAGCAAAGGAACGGGACACUGAUAACUCCUCUCUAAAAUAGAAUCGCCUUUAUCCUCUAUUUCAUCACAACUGCAGUAAUCAUAUUGUUGCAUUUCUUCAGAUUCGAGCGGAAAACACAUCGCCAUGAUGACGAGUACGGAGGACAAACAAACUUUAGAGAUGGAGGAGCGGCAACAGGAGAAUGGUGGUGACUUGGAGAAAAAGGGAGAAAUUGAGGGAGAAAAUGCAGAGGUGGAGAGAGAAGGAUGGGAUAACAAAAUGGACUUUAUCAUGAUCUGCAUUGGUUUUGCCGUCGGUCUAGGAAAUGUCUGGAGGUUUCCCUACCUUGUCUUCAAAAACGGUGGUGGUGCUUUCUUGAUUCCAUACUUCAUCUCUCUCAUCAUCAGUGGUGUACCCAUCUUCUUUCUCGAGAUCUCCAUCGGUCAGGCGCUGCAGGUCGGAGGUAUCUCGGUAUGGGAGGUCUAUCCUAUUCUAAAAGGUGUGGGUUUCGCCGGGGCAACGAUAGCAGCGAUUAUGUGCACCUAUUACAUCGUCAUCUGCGCCUGGUCAUUCUUCUACCUCUUCUCCUCCUUCACCACCACCCUACCCUGGGGAGAUUGUGACAACUCCUGGAAUAAUCUCUAUUGCAAUGACCCCGCCCUCCAGGGCGAUGACGCCAACUGUUCCGCACCCACAGGGUUCUUCUGCACUACCAACAGCUCCAUAUACAUAAAUUUAACGGAGGGCGAAUCCCCCGCUCAACAGUUCUGGGAGAAGCGCGCUCUUGGUAUAUCUGAUGGUAUUGAUGAAGUUGGAAGUUUGCGAUGGGAUCUGGUAGGAUGUCUGGCUCUUGCCUGGGUCGUCGUAUAUUUCUGUAUAUGGAAGGGUGUCAAACAAACUGGAAAGAUCGUAUGGUUCACUGCUCUGGUUCCCUACGUCAUUCUGCUUGCGUUACUAAUCCGUGGCCUGACACUACCGGGCGCUUCUGAAGGAAUCAAGUUCUACGUCACACCAGACUGGGAGCGACUCAAGAGCCCCACCGUUUGGAUUGAUGCAGCUACACAGAUCUUCUUCUCGUACAGUGUGGGUAUCGGUUCUCUAAUCUCCCUUGGAAGUUACAACAAAGUCAGGAAUAACGCAAUGUUCGAUACGUUGAUAGUAGGUGUCGUGAAUGCUGGUACCAGUCUCUUCGCUGGUUUCGUCAUCUUCGCCAUCCUAGGGUUCAUGGCCGAUCAACAGGGAGUACCAGUCAAAGACGUUGUCGACGAGGGACCUGGACUCACUUUCGUAGCCUACCCAACAGCUGUGUACUACAUGCCCGGUGGACCUGCAUGGUCUGUCAUCUUCUUUGCUAUGUUGAUUAUGCUGGGUCUCGACAGUCAGUUUGCAAUCUUGGAGGGUUUGGUGACGUCAUUGAUGGAUGAGUUCCCCCAGUUCAACCUUCGACAGAACCGUGCUGUCUUCCUCGUGAUCAUUUGCUUUGUGGACUUCCUACUGGGUCUGCUCUGUGUGACAGAGGGUGGAAUGUAUUUCUUCCAGUUGAUGGACACUUACGGUGCUAGUGGUAUGUGCUUACUGUGGGUCGCUUUCUGGGAAUGCAUCGCCAUCUCAUAUGGUUAUGGAAUCAAAAAAUUCUAUUACAUAAUCAGCGAUAACAUGGGCUUCACGCCAGGCUGGUAUUGGCCUCUCUGCUGGGCUGGACUUGCUCCUGCUGUCAGUUUGGGUAUCUUCUUGUUCAGUCUUAUCGACUAUCAGCCUGCUAAAUAUGGUGAAAACUACUACUACCCUAUCUGGGGUGAGAUUCUUGGCUGGAUGAUGGCUAUUGUCUCCAUGCAAUGGAUUCCGGUCUACGCCAUCUACGUCUUCCUUACAACACCUGGAACAUUCAUGGAACGUCUUCAUAUAAUCACCUCACCUAGAAUUCAGCCAGCAAAACCAGGGAAAUUGGAGGACGAAUCAACGAUAUCAGUAGAAGGUAAAGGAAGUGUCAUCUCGGAUGAAUUAAAUGACAACUCUUUACCACCACCAGUCUACAACGAACUGGUGGUUGAAGACGAGAAGAAGAACGGCGUAACGACGAAGAAUGGAGGCCUCGAGAACAAGGCGUUCAGCGUUGACGAAGAGUAAAUGGAGGAGCUUUGAAAUGAUAAAAAAAGACUAUAGUGCAAGGAGGAAUGCUCGGGUUCUGAAGACAGCAUCUAUAUACAUGCUCACUAGCAAACAUUGAAACCCUUCUUUUCAACGGUGGCAUAGCUACAGGGGCACAGGGGCACAUGCACCCUCAAUCGUGCGAUGUAAACUAAGAAAAUUGGGAAAGGAGGAGGACACAAAGGGAGAGGGGAAGGGAAGCAAUUAGGAAGGUGAACACAAUGGUAGGACCUUCACAAAAAAUUAUCCCUCUAAUAAGCGGCAUUGUUAGUCCAUAUUUUAUCCGGCUAGUAAAAGACCGACCCCCCCCCCCCCCCACCUCCCGGUGUUAGUGAUCACUUAAUGUGCUACGCCACUCCAAAUCCGAGACCAUUUGAGUUGGAGGAGCCCCGGUUAGCAAACACUCCAAAGAUUUAAAGCAAUGCAAAACAUCACGUUAAUGUUUUAUCACGGGUUACAAAUAAAAAACAUACAGUGUGUCAUAAUUGCUCGUACUUUAAAAAAAAACUCUUUUGAAUGUGGGGAUAUGGACUCGAUCCAACUGGUCUACUUCAAACAAAACUUUACCUGUGUUUUAACCUGUUCGACCAAACAUGCCAAAGCAAAAAUUGUUUUGGGGUCUACUAAUUGAUUAAAAAUGUAUACCACUGCCAUCGCGAAAUAAUAAAGAGAAUAAAGUUUCUACAUGAAAGAAUCAUCUCAGGAGGUCCCUUUCCUGCCACUGUGGAUAUACAGAAAUUAUAUUUUGAUAUAUCAGAAAGUUUUUAAUGAUUAUCUUACAAGUCAUUAAGAAUUAAGUAUAAAUAUAACAUUGGGCUGCAUACAUAUUGUACGUACCAAGUAAAUACAAAUUUCUUGUUAGACAUUAUAGUUAGCUUUGAGAAAAUCAUAUUGUUCUAAUUGUUUAAUGUCAUGAGAAAAAUCAUAAUAAUGUCUUGUCUCAGAGGAUAUAAAUAAUAUAUAAUAUAUGGGAUGCAUUGACGACUUAUGAUGAGAAAAUUGUUAGCAUUAAAACAAUUUCGAUUUGAAAUGCCUUGAUCACGAAUGUGCCUCAAUUUUGUUACAACAAUAAUUGUGUUUUUAUCAUUAUUGUAUUAUCAACUGCAUUUUUGAUAGAUCGAGUUUCGUCACGUUUAACUUCAGUUGACAAGUUACCAGUAUAAAUUACUAUGGAAAUAGAAGCCCCACAUAGAAGGAUUUAAAAGGUGUUUUUUACAGUCAAUAAGUCAAGGAAUUUAGGUUCCAUGUUACGUCGCAUCAAUAAAAGAAAAUGCCCGUGUCAUUUUUCACUACUUCUGAGAAAAAAGAAAGAAAAUAAUUCACUUUCGCAAUUGUUUCACUUGAUUUAGGCAGUUAUUAAUAUGAUUAAUAAAAACAAUUUGAUUGAAAAUCGACUUAACGCUUUCCAAUAAUAUGUGACACCAUAAACAAAAAUACGGGAGUUAGACAAAGUGCUUAAUUUUACCUCAAAAAGAAAUAAUGUAGGCAUGGGUUAUUUGUUUGACGAUAAGAACAAAUGAGGAAUAUGAACAACAUGAACAACUUUCAUUUUGAAGUAGAGGCAGUGAACACCUCAAACAUUAGCCGGCUGCAUUUAUGUCUUGAUCAUCUGAAUAUACGUGCUUAUACUAAUGUGAAAAUAUUUAAAAAAAGAACUACAGAUUGUGUUUUAUGACUAUAUGUUUGAAAUUGAUUUACUUAUAGAUAUCUAUAACACUUUCUGACAUACAGCUGAAAGGAAAUAAUAUAGAAAACAUUAGUAGUUUAUGAGAUGUAAAUAUGAGUCGUAUGUAUAUAGAUAUAUAACGACUUAAAUGCAAUAAAAGGAUACCAAGCAUUCCUGUAAGUGAAGAAGUCAUACGUGAGAGGUAUAUAAUUAUGAAGAGUCUUUAUUCCUUGCGUCAUGUGGAACUGGAUGUAUUUAUUUACCUUUCAUGUGUAUAAAAGAAAGAUGCGCGUAUUCAAAAAGAAUGAGAAAAUAUGCGAUAGAAGAAAUUAUAUUGUAUAUAAAUGUAUAUCCUAUGUAAAAACUGUAAGAAAUCUUACGACAAAAUUUAGGGUUAUUUUUGUAAAUAGCUAAUCGCUCAAAAUAAUGUUUACGAUGUAUUGUCUCUUUUUUUUCCCUUCUUUUUUGUUUGAUGUUAAUCCUUUUUAGAAUAAACGCAACUGAUUUUCAUUUUCUUUCUUGCACAGUAAAAAGUAUGUGAACUGAGAAGUUCUUCUAACAAACACGACUAUGUGUUCUACAAGAUAUUUCAACUAACAAAUAGAAUACAAAUAUAACUAAUUGUUGCCCAGAUAUAAUUUAUAUCAUCAUUUUCGGUGCUGCAGCAAUCUAAGCACCCCGGCCUCGUGCGCCGAUGAAUAGAGAAUGUGGCCAAUCUACCCGCCCCCCCCCC